AUGUCAGUCAAAGGAAGAGUUGCCAUCGUGACCGGUGCCGGUGGAGGUCUUGGGCGACUUUAUGCUUUGGAACUAGCAAAGAGAGGCGCCAAGGUCGUCGUUAAUGACUACGGUGGUACUUUAGAGGGACAGCGUGGCACGAGUGCUCGUGCACAGGGUGUGGUUGACGAAAUCAUGGCCCUCGGUGGCAUUGCACUGGCGGAUUCCCGCGACAUUUCUGCUCCGGCUGAUGCAAAGGCGAUAGUUGCUGACACUGUCAAGGAAUUCGGGACUGUCGACAUCCUUGUGAACAAUGCUGGUAUUAGCGGCAAAAUGGCACCCCAUGAUAAUGUGGAUGCAGAAGCUUUCAUGAGGGUGUUUGAGAUUGCGGCGCUGGGAACAACCUUGAUGACAAGUGCCUGCUACUCUUUGAUGGCGAAACAGAAGUACGGCCGUAUUAUCAAUACAUCAUCAAACGCAAUCUACGGAUUUGGUGCCGGAGGUGACUGUGCCUAUAGUGCUUCCAAAGGUGCUGUGGUUGCAAUCACACGAGAAUUAGGUCGUUGGGCACCGAACGAUGGCAUCAAAAUCAACUGUGUCAUGCCGUCAGCCGCCUCGAGAAUGGGGGAUCUUUCCGAGGGCACGAAGAAAGUCACUCGGACUUAUUUCCAACCAGAGGGCGUGGUUCCUUUUGUAAUUAGUCUCUGCUCUGAAGAAUGCCCUUCCUCAGGCGAGGUGUUUACCGCGAGUGCAAACAGGGCAGCGAGGGAGACAUUUGCAACAUUCCCCGGUACAAAGUCAGAAACGACCGAGGGUUUUCUCAAGGACUGGGAUAAAGUUAUGGGACGGGGUGAAGAGCCCUACCUGGCUGAAAAUACGCUUGAUCACGUGAAAUAUACUAUACGACAAGCUUAUGGUGUGGAGAUGGAGGAUAUUGCGGAAUUCAGCAUUGUCACUCGAUGA